AUGGACGUGUUCAAGGAAAUCCAGUCUCAACUUGGUGACAAUCCAGAGGAAUCGCUGUCCAUUGUUCGCAAACUGAGAGAGGCUCAAUGCUGCUUCCGUUGUUGUCUUCGAUUCUUGUCGUGUCGACCAUUAAAGCUGUAUGCUGUACCGGAACAGGAUCUUGGUGCUGCAUUUGCAAAGCUGCUCGGCAAUCAAGAUCAAGCGUCCGAUUUCGUAUGCACGGCGUGUCUUGGUUGUCUCUCUGCUCCUGACAAUACAGAGUUUUCGGAUGAUCUACAACAACGUUUCGAACGCGAAGGCUAUCAGACCAAACAAGUGAAUCUAUCAUGCACGCUUCCUAUCAGCAUGUUGCCUCGUGAUCAUCUUUUGGCACUUCAUUUGCGUGACACGCUCAAGGUUAAGGUCGUUCCUCGAGAACCCAAGGAGCCAUUCAAGCAUCUCAUUUCCAAAUUGCUGCGAAACAAGUUGGGACUCAAUAUCAAUACCGAGGGACCAUUACGGAUGACAGUUGUUAUGGCACAUGAACCUACGGCUACCGAACAUAUGUUUUUGACCCAAGCAAAGAAUCCUGUGCUCAAGGUUCGCAAAAAGCAAAGAAAAGGCAAGAUAACGAUUCUUGGUGAUUCGAGAUCCACCGUAGCUGAAGCUCUUAAUGCAUUGUCGGAUGAUGAGGCGAGAUCCCUGACUUCGGUUCCUCCUUCACAGCAAACAACGUCUGCAACAUUAGCAAGUCUCGAUCUUAUGCAUGAUUCAGUGUACUUGGCAGGUCGCUAUAUCAAGUUGUCACGUGAAUUUAGCCAGACACCAUGGAGCAUCAAAGGCAAAAAGUUGGCCGAGAACAGCGUUUCAGAAUCUAUAUGUGAAUUGAUCAAAACCCAGCAUCGAUGCGAUGGAUACAAAUUUGUGUCUGCCGGAAGAGAGGAUGCUAAUGUACGAAUGCUUGGCACUGGAAGACCAUUUUACCUCGAGUUGAUCAACCCACGCAUCGCCAAGUUCGCUCAAGAAGAGUACGACACCAUGCAAAGCACAAUCAACUCUUCAGACACCAAGGCUGCUGUACAAUUGAGAGACCUUACCAAUAUCAAUCCAAAGGAUACCAAGAUCAUCAAAGAAGGCGAGCAAUUUAAACGAAAGACUUACAGAGCAUUGGUAUGGAUGUCAGAUCCGGUGACACAAGAGAUGAUGGAUAAGGUCAAUGCGGCUGGAAAAGAACCAUUCAAGAUUCAACAAAAUACGCCUGCUCGUGUAUUUCAGCGUCGUGCUGGCAUCAUUCGUGAAAAGGAGAUCCAUUAUUUACACAUCGCACGACCUGCACGGGCGGGUGAUUCAGCUGGGCCUGAAAAGCACUUUGCCGUUGUCACCAUGAAUACACAAGCUGGCACUUAUAUCAAGGAAUUCGUUCAUGGUGAUCUUGGACGCACACAACCUAAUCUUGCAUCCCUCGCUGGUACACAAGGCGCUGAUCUCAUAGAGCUAGAUGUUAUGGAAGUAGAUCUUGCAUGGCCACCCAAAAAGUAA